CGGUUCACAUGCGUUCCUCUUCAUUUUGUUUCGUGUGCCGCUCAACGUGUGAUAUUUGUAGCCUACGUUGUUAAAAUAAAUAUAUAUAAAUAAAAGAAAGGAUUUAAAAUAUUAUAUACAGAAAUAAUGGCAGCGACAAUAAGGAGUCUUAUGAGAUUCAAUGUUGGUCUAGUCAACAAUACUCUUCUGAGAAAUAACGUCUUAAACUCCUGCAGAUUUUUAUAUUCUGAGAAAAGUUUGGGUUUAAAUGGCUAUGAAAAUGCGCGAUUAAACUUUCGCAACCAAUUUUUAAAUGUGGAGUCUGACUUUCGUACGAAGAUGCAGCAAAUAUGCGAGACAGACUCAGAUUCAAACAUGAUCUUCACAGAAGAUUUGAAAUCAAUGUUGCAUUUAGCCCAAAAGAAACCAGAGGAUAUUGAAUUGAUCAUCAAAAUGUUAACCAAGUUUAAUAAUCAAAAUAAACAAUUGAGAUUUGGUACAUUUGUCUUUGGUCCUGUAGUAAUGCGCACUUUCUACUAUCUGGAUGAGCCAGAUCUUGCAUUAACUGCUUUUAAAGAUCCACAGUUUGAGCAUUUCUUUAAUCAGCUCACUAGUUACCAAAUUCUUCUAACUUUAUUAUAUAAACACAAAAAGUAUUCAGAAAUGAGAGAUGUGUACGAUAUUAUUAAAACUAAAAAUAUGGAAACUGGUGGAUACCCUAUAAAUUCUUCCAUAUUGAUCAUGGCUGCCUGUUAUAAAGAGAACACGCCAGAAACAUUGGAAUAUGCUUUGACCCUCUGGAAAGAGUUAAACGAAAAGGGAUGCCAAAUCAUGAGAAGAGCUUCUACAUUUGUAGCAGCUUUAGCUAUUAAGCAAAAUUCACCUCAUAUAGCUAUCGAAAUCUUAAGUACAUUGAAAGAAGCUCGAUACAUUGAUGUCAGAUGUUUAAAAGUUGUAGCAUACACAGACUUGAAGAGGUUUACUGAGAUAGUACCUAUUCUCAGAGCAUCGAUAGAACACGAUAGACCACAUCUUAGGAAAGAAUGUUACUUUGUAGAUGUGAUCGAAAAAUUGGAAGAUGUUUUGACAAGGGAGAAUGUUCCUAAAGAUUUUGAACUUUAUAAAUUGAUCAAGAUAUUAAAGGAAAACAAUCAUAUGUUCCAGAAUAUCUUGGAUGAGCAUCUUUGCAUGGAAAUCAAUCCACUCAAACGCAGAUUGAUAGACAGAGACUCCGAUGACCCUAUGAAACAGCGGCAACGAGAAUUCACGAGCAAUCGGGACAUCGGUGCGAGACCGGUGUUACAAAAUCUUUUGUAAAUGUAUUCUAUAUGGAAGUUGUAGAAUGUGACUAACAUCGCAACAAUUACUAGUUUAUGUUAGGUAACUUUAAGAAUUAUAUUUAAACUUAUAAAUAAACAUCUCCAGUUGACCGAUAACGGUAGAA